AUGAAGAGCUAUUUCAACACCUCUAAACAAAAUAGUUUAAAAGUUUGGGAUAUUGUUGACUAUUCAAAAUGCAAUAGAAACCUCUCAAUUGAGGAAUAUAAUCCUACAGAGGUGAAGAAGAUACUAGGAUUUUAUUAUGAUGGAAAUAACAGGUUCUUGUAUGUAUAUUGUAACAACUGUAUACAUAUUUGUCUGAACAGAAAAAGCAUAUUCAAAAUUCCUGUACAUAAUUCGAUUAGAUCAGUUUAUUAUUUUGAAGGAUAUCAUUUGCUAUUCUUAGAAAAUGGUUCAAUUAAGAAGUUAAAAGUUUUAACAGGUGAUAAGAUAUCAUUUUCUGAAUUUACAUUACAAUCGACUAUGAAAAAUGAAAUUAGGUUUCAUCCAACUUUGAUUGUAAGCAAUGGAAGUAACUUGUUCUUUUCACCUGAUGAACAUUCCAUUUAUACUAUCAUAAAUAUUGAAGAAAUGAGAUAUGAUUGUAUUUUUGAAUUGACUAUGGGCCACUUGGUUUAUUUUAAUUUCUUAAAAGUAACCGGCGGCAAGACCAAUUGCAACUUGUUAGUUUGUAUAUUUAUCAACAAAUAUACACAAAGUUUAUUUGUUGACAUAUCAAGAAUGGAAGAGAUAGAUUUCAAAUAUGGAAGUAUACGAAGGUUUGAAGUACCAUCCUGUAAUUUGAAAAAUCUUUUAUUUAACAAACUAAAUGAUAAAGUGUUAGUUCUUGUUAAUAGUGAAAAUAUAUGGACUAUUUCAAGCACGACGUGCAAAAGGUGGGAAACAAAGGGUAUAGAUAAUGCAUGUAAACUAUGUGAUAAUUUACAAAUCUAUUCGCAGGGAAAGACGCUUUUUUCCUUGAAUGUAUUCUCUGAAAAUGGAAAACUUUAUCAAACGACACUUAAUAUUCAGGGAUCAAAUGAAAAUAUUGUUCCUUGGAGUGUAUUUGAUACAUAUAUAGGGAAAAAUUAUCCAAAUGAUAGUACGUUGAUUGUUCAGAAGUUACACAAUAAAAAGUAUAUAAUUGUGACAGCAAGUAGUGGAAUAAUUGAAUAUGACGUGAAUAAGCAUUCUAUCAAAUAUUUUCAUGGAAUUGAGUUCAAAAGGGCAAAUUAUUUUGACUCUAAAACGUUUUAUAUUGAUAAAAUUUCAGCAAUUCAAUGGUUAAUAUCAUGUGGCUCUUUUACAAAUAAUUUGGGUUUUAUAGAGAAGACAGAACUGACACCUUCUUGUUUGCCAAAACCUUUUGAUGUUAUCACGUCACCAUAUUCAUUAGAACCGAUUAGAGAUUUUUGGAUUACAAAGAAAGGUGUUAUUUUUGGAUAUAAAUCAGGUUAUCUGGCUGAGGAUGGGAUAUUUAAUAACAACCAAAAAGAAUUAUUAGGUUUUAGUCAUAAAGGUGCUGCACUUAUUAAAGAUUCAUCCGAUAUUAUUGCAUACACCAAUAUUUCAAUUAGGAAUACAUCCUCUAAAUAUUUCUUAACUUUAUUGAGCAAUGGAAUUUUAGAACUCCGGAAAUAUGAUAUUAACAAGUAUAAGAUAAUAAAGUCUGAGGUCUACAAUCGGUUUCAUGAAGGUUCGAUAAUUACGAUAACUGGAGUGUUUCACAAUGAUGAUUUGUGGUAUGCUGUUCUAGAGGACAACGUGGUUAGCGUGUUUAAAAAUGGAGAACAAAUUGUACAAGAAGAUUUUUCUACUUCCUUUGACAUAUUUGAAAUUAAAUUAAUAGCAAUGACAGAUAAAAUUUCAAAGAUAAUUCGUACCAUACUGGUAAUCUCAACUUCCGAAGGAAAUGUUGUAUUUUUUUCUUCAACAUUGAAACGUUCCUUUCUAGAUUUUAAUUCAUUAUCAAAGUAUCCAUAUAGAAUUAUUGAUCUAGGUACUGAUUCUGGAUUGGUGCUUUUAAACAGUCAUUCGAAUACAUAUAUAAUUGAUAUGUCAAAAAUGAUUUCUUAUCACAUUUCUCCUGGGAUAUCUUCAAAUAACAUUAAGGUAGCAAUAGGAGUAGGUCAGAUGUAUUGUUUAAACGAUAUGAAAAGUAUCCAUGUUUAUAACAUUUCUGACUUUUGUUUGAAUAGUACAAAAUAUGUAAGGACACCCUAUAAUUUUGAAGGUUGGAUUCCAAUAAAAAUAUUCAAAACUGCAUAUUUAGAUAAAAGUGUUGUACAAUUAAGGGAAAGUACAACUCAAUCGGUAAAGUUGAUAUUAUUUGAUAUUAUUAACAUGAAUGUGAUUAAAGAACUAAUAUUAGGAUCUCAGAAAGUAAUAAAUUUCUUAAUUCCUGUCUGGAGCUCAGAAAAUACAGAAACUGCAGUAGAUAAUGAAAAUGUAUUUCUAUUAUGUCAUUUCAAAAACGAAUCUCCACUUAUUAGCGUCAUUCAAGUUGAUAAUCAAGGUAUAAAGAUAAGAACGUUAUCAAAGCUGCCUUCCCAUAUAUAUAAUAUAUCAUAUUGCAUUGAUUCUAAUGUUUUAAUUGGAAUAGGUUUUAAAAUAAUAGCCUUCAAAUUAAAUAUUGAUGAUCAUAAUAACUUUCGCUUGAAAGAAGUUCAGUCAGAAUGUCAUAAGUCAAAAUUGUCAGGUCCUGUCAUGUUUCCAGUUUCUGAAAGUGGAAUUAUUAGUAUUUUUAAUAGUUACGGUGAUUGCGAAAUAUACAAUAGGAAUGGCCAAUUGUCAAGUUCAAGGCUUAUCAAAGAACUUGACUUAUUAGGUAUAGUUAAAUGUGUCUCAGUGAAGAGAGUGCAGAACCAUCCUGGAGGAAUACCUGAUAGAAUUGAAAAUGCUCUAUAUGAAAAUAAUAUUUUUGCGGGAAGAGUGCCUUCAAUUUUUGAAACAAAAAUUCAUUGUUAUGGUCGAACUUAUUAUGCACUUAUUGAUUUUUCGAAUUCUCUUAACAUAUACGUCAAUUUUGAAAAUGAAUUAAAGCUGAUUAAAAGGUUCAAAAUUGAAGAAGAAGUUAUUUCUAUAGAACCAAUUGAACUUCAUCCAAAUUACUAUCUAUUUUCUUCAGGUAAAAAUGAUAAGAUUCCGAAGAACCCCAUUUUUCAAAUCUGCUGUUCAAACAAUAGGAUUUUUAGUGUUUUUGAACUGUGA